AUGCCAGAAUCAUGGGUCCGAGGUGCCAUCGCGAUCAGAAUCAACGCCUUGAUCCGCGGUCACUCUGGAUGCAGAUGGGUUGUCAUUGAUGCACUUCAAAAGCUCCUUGCGGCAAACGUCAUUCCAUGUCCUCCGCUCAGGCAAACCAUCAGUGCCAGCGGAGACCUUGGUCCUUUAGCAUAUAUUGCAAGUGCUCUUACAGGCGACAGAGAUUGCGCUGUUUGGGAUGGAGAAGGGAAGGACCGUCGCAUCAUUUCUUCUUCAGUAGCUCUGGAACGUCAUGCUAUAUCCGCCAUAGAGUUCCUUCCGAAGGAAGGAUUAGCUGUGGUUAAUGGUACCGCGCCAUCGUGUUCAGUAUCUGCGUUGGCCAUACAUGAUGCACAUUUUCUUCUUUUGCUGUCACAGGCGACUACGGCGAUGUGCGUAGAAGCUCUACUAGGAGCUCUGGAGAGCUUCCACCCUUUCCUUCAUGAUGUCGCAAGACCUCAUCCAGGACAAAUUGAGGUUGCCGCAAAUAUUCGCCGUGCACUCGCUCAGAGUAGGCUGGUAACGCAACAUGUAGAAGGCAAGGCGGGUGACCGCCUAAGACAAGACCGCUACAGCCUGCGUACAGCUCCCCAAUGGAUUGGACCUCAGGUUGAGGAGCUCCUUAGCUCCCACCAAACCAUCCUCACGGAGAUCAACUCAACCACGGACAAUCCCAUUCUUGAUGCAAGCAACGGCCGCACGACCUCUUUCAGUGGAGGAAACUUCCAAGGAACUUCCUUGACAAUCGCUAUGGAGAAAACUCGAAUCGCUUUACAACACGUCGGUGCAAUUGCUUACGCGCAAAUGGUGGAACUCGGCUCGCCUCAUAUGAGCAGAGGGCUCGCUCCUGAUGUGGCCGCGAACGAGCCGAGCAUCGAUUAUGGCCAGAAGGCGAUGGAUAUGGCGUGUGCUUCCUAUCUAGCAGAGCUGUCUUUCAUAUCGAGCACCGUGUCCAACCACGUUCAACCUGCGGAAAUGCAUAAUCAAUCGGUGAAUUCACUUGCUCUGAUAUCGGCACGGUACACAAUGACUGCCGUCCAGUUAACUCAGAUGAUAAUGGCGAAUCUCCUUUUGUCGCUUUGUCAAGCCGUGGACCUACGAGCGAUGUACAAGUGCUUCUUCGACAAAUUGGACGGCCACAUCCGUACAAGUCUUCUCGCUACAAUUCAACCCGCCCUCUCCCCGCUAAAAGUGCAAGAAAUGACUACGUUGUUGCGGCAGCAAGCGGAGGGGAGCUUCCGGGAGACGGGUACACUAGACAGCGGAGAGCGGUUCUAUGUGAUGUGCAAGCCGCUCGUUGCCGACGUAUCAUCCUAUCUCAGCACCCUGACACAGGAACCAAAUGCUUUCGAGCAACGCCAUUUCGAUGCCCAUACAUUCCAUGUCCAACUUGCCGCCUCCCUGUCAGAUGCUUGGAUAUCAAAUCGCUCGUCUUUUUUCGACAAUGGCUCGGCGGAGGAAUUACUCGGAGUAGGAACGAGGCAGCUCUAUCGCUGGGUCCGACAGGACCUCGGUGUUCGCAUGCGCCGAGGUAUCGACUUUGACGAGGAAGGGACCGAUGCAGUAGUCAGUCGAAUCUAUGCUGCGAUCGUUCAGGGCGACGUGAACAACGUUCUGGUGAAGAUGUUCCGGGAUGGCGAUUUGGAGUUGUCGGUAUAA